CAAUAAUUUUAUAAUAAUUAAUUAUUGUUCUGAUUAGAUAUCAUAGAACACUUAAAGAUGUUGGCCUUUUGUCACGCAUGUCACCGGGAAAUCUUAUAGAUAAAAUUCUUAAGGUUAAUAGAGUGCAAAUAGAAAAAUCUAAACAUGCAGACUUUGACCAACAACUAAAAAUUAACAAUAAACUUCCAGAGCCACUAAAGUUUUAUUCACGUCAUGUUUUUUCUUUUAUUCUUCGUCAUCUCAUGGAACAAUAUGAUAAAAGUGUCAAGUCUGAUUUUAGUUUAUAUGAGGACAGAGAUUCAUUACAAAUAAUCAAUCGGCAAUCAACUUUUUAUAACAUAAUAGACUGGGUUUGCAUCUGUGAUGCUGCAUCAGGGUUUGGCGUGCCGUGUGCACAUGUUCUUUUUGCUCUAAGAACGAAGAAUGUAACUGUUAAUGAUCUACAGUUGAUUCAUAAAAGGUGGAUUUCAUGCAAUACUGUAGCAAACCAGGUAAGUUUUGACCAAGCGCCAUCACAUAUUACCUCAAAUAUAGAAUUAUUACCUCUCUGUUGUGCCACUCCCAAACAAAGAUUUACUACAGCAAUGAGUUACCUUCAACCAAUAGCCUCUUUGCUCGCUGAAAUGCCACCCAAAAAAUUUGAACUUGCAAUAACCUGGUUAGAAUCUAUUAAUCAACAAUGCAUUUCUGGUGAAUGGGAACUGAUGUUUCAAAGUGAUCCUUGUCUAGAAGUUUUUACACCUGCAGUAGAUUACAGUGAUCUUUGUCUAGGAGGUUUUACAUCUACAGUAGAUCAAAGUGAUCCUUGUCUAGAAGGUUUUACAUCUACAGAAGAUCUAUCAUCAAAAGAAAAUUUUAGAAGUUAA